AUGGCCGACAACUAUCUUCAUCAAUCAACCGAUGAAAUUGAAUAUUUUAGUGUUAAAAUGUUCAAACCAAAUAUGGAUUCGAUACCAUAUUAUCCUUUACCAUCUGGAUAUUCACUUCAACUAUAUAAAAAUGAUUCAAACGAUGAUCAAAAAUGGGUCGAUAUAGCUAAAGCUGCAGGAGAAUUCAAAUCGAUUGAACAAGGUUUCGUAAUGUUUGAGAAAUAUUACCAAAAUUACAAAGAAAAUGAUUUACUUUCCACACGUGUCUAUUUUCUUGUCAGUCCUGAUGGAAAAUAUAUUGGCACAGCUUCAGCUGGUAUAGAUCAAAUCGAUGGCAAAGAACAAGGUAGUCUUUGGUGGGUAUCCAUUAUUCCAGAAUAUCAAGGAAAAAAAUUGGCAAAACCGAUAAUAUCUUAUGUGCUGUUAAAGAUUGCUGAAUAUUCAAAUACAUGUUAUCUUGAUUCACAAACAACUAGUUGGAAAGCAAUUAAUAUGUAUGCUGAUUUUGGUUUUGUUCCAUCUAUGUUAAAACCGGAUAAUUAUGAAAAAGCCUGGCGAUUAUUGAGCAAAUUAUGUAAAAGAAAAUUUAUAGACGAUAUCGAUUGA